GUCUGAGUGCCAGAAGAACAUCUUAUCAAACAAUCACCCACAAGCUACAGUCUGCCUAAAGCACGAUCGAGAGGCAGUCAAGGGUGCCCAUGCCAUGGUCUUGCAUUCAACAUCACAUUCACGAGUAGGCUUGCUGCUUGCGUCGUGCUACAAGCAUCACGAGCCGAGCUUAUAGCUUCUUUGUACGCCCUCACGCAAGUGGAUGCAAUCUGCUCCUCAUCAGCAUGCGCCCGCGGAUGCUUGGCAACGUCCUCCUCACCCCGCUGGCCCUCUAGCUGUCCUAGCUGACUUCGAAUUCGACACAUUCAGCAUGACGAGUCUUCAGAACGCUGCAGCGGACUCUGAAAAAAAAAAAAAUCGCGGGCUGACCACGUUCCUCUGCUCAUGUCCUAUCGACUCGCGAGUGCGAGCAGUCCAGCAGGUCAAGAGGAUCAUGUUUCGCAAGCUGCGAUUCAGUUGAUCCCUCCUGCUCGACCCGCAAGAGCGUCGAUCGACAAGCGCACAGACUUUGGCUACAAAGAGGUCGUCGCGCGAAGCAAAGAUUCGGUAUUCUCAGCCAAUGUCGAGUACACAGGCGCAACAAAUGCCUUGCUGGCUUUGCGAAGCAACCACGAAGCCGUACACGAGCGGAGAGGGAGCAGCGCCAGCUUCGCGGGCCUCUGGCGCGGGUCAGAGGGCCUGUAUGCGCUCGUGCACGGCGGACAGCCGUCUCUAGACACAUAUGCGGGUCCAAACACUUCGAACUUUCAGGCUCGGUCAGUAGACGGUCCAGCUUUAGUGGGUCACGUUACCCUCCAGUGCUUGGAACGAGAUGUUUGGGCCGUGUGUGAUGCCGAAGAGAUCGACGAUGGGAGCUUCAUCAGCUCGUUGCGCGUACUGCAGCUCGAUGAUGCUUCAACUGAUGGCGACAUCGCCGCUGCAAGCAUCUCUCACCUGCAGCUGCCCAACGGAGACCUCAAUGAGGCGUCUCCCCAAAAGGGAGCCCCAACUUCUUACAAGUAUGGAGGCUGGGCUCUUGUAGCUGCUGCCCGACUACAAGUAGAAGGGUCAUCGCACUCGUCCGGACACACGCACCAGAUGUGCUUCAGAAGGCCGGUCAAAUCGCAGCGGCCACGACGAGGAGCCAAAGACCAGGUAGCAAGCCGCUCAGAGAUUUUUGAGAAUCGCAUCAAAAAGACAUCUAGCAGUAGAGCCGAGACCGAGUUCCAGCUCAUCAUUCUGCGCCUCAAGCCGCGAUCGGGCCAACAUUCCGACGAGCAAAGCCCUGCGGAGCUAGACAUUCGCACCUCUCUGAGAUCGAGAGAAGCGCCGGAGCAUGUCAUACUGGAUCCUCUGGGCCAGAAGCACGAAUUCUUUUGCUCCUCAAAAGUGGAGCUCUGGGAAGAGGAGAACAAGACUACGUCGUCAGCAACUGACAUCGACGAUCGCAGCACCGCACAGAGCGCUCCUCCGCAGACGUCUGUGCAUGCUUCGAGGCUUUCCCCGGCUGCUCGACUCCCACCGUAUGCUUGGACGCAGACGAGCGAUACCCUCACGCUUGCCUUUACGCUUCCAGCGACAAUCAGCAAGAAAGAUGUCAGGGUGCACUUCUCACCUCGAGGACUUUCAGUCAGCCUCGCUCUGCAACAAGCUUCACUCGUAGAGGUCGUAGAUGAAAGCUCAUCGAUCGAUGCGGAUGGGGCGGCAGGUAGCCUGCACGCGGUAGCUGGAGACCUGCGCCAGGGCCGAUACACGAACUUGGCCCUCUGGGGAGACAUUGACGUGGACGGGUCUUUGUGGACCACAGAAACGCUCAGGCCGCAUCGUCCUCGCAUUCCUGGCUCCUCUUACGAAGCCAGGCCGAAUGCAGGAUCAGACAGCAUCCUGCUUACGUUGCAUCUGGAGAAGCUCCAUGAAGGCACGAGGUGGCCGUCCGUCUUCUCCUUCGAGCAGAAUGCAAAAAACGCUCGCAGUGUCGCUUCGCCCAGCAGUCGAGCUUUCGGUAGCCUCUCGCAUGCACGACCGGCUGCAUUUGCAGCAGAGGAAGAUGAGUGGGAGCUAGAGGAAGUGCCGGAAACCUUGGACCCCUCCGAGCUGCUGCAGCAGCUACAAGGAUUGGAAAAGUAUACUGAGGACGACCACACGCAAGCUCUAGGAGCGACGUGGGGUGGGGGCUUAUCUUCGUUCCGCGAAGGAGCUGGAAUGGGAUCUUCCACGCAGGCUAGCUUGCUCAGGGACGGGCUGGAGGAAGAGGAUGCUGUUGUUGGCCGACGAUGCAUCUCGAGUACGGUAGAAGCGGAGGGUGACACACCGAGCAGCCCUGUGCGAAUCACAACGGAGCGCGACGCUUUGACGCUGUUGGCGCUUCCACUGAGAACCUCGCAACCUUCAAGUGCUGCGCUGUCGAAUCUAGUGAUAAAGUCGGACUUGGAUGGUCAGCUUUUCCAAGGUGCGCAGUCGCAACGGCGACAUGCACAGACAUUGCCUGCUCUAUCCUUUGUGUUGGCCUCGAAGAGGGAUGCUCAGCGGGUCUACGUCCACGUCGAAGAGGCUGCAGAUUGGUCCACUCCUGCGUGCGCAUCGCAUCUUCCAAAAGCGCACGUGCUAGCCUUUGAGCCAGCACCGAUGAUAGCAUUGGAGCAAGAACGGCCUUGGGACGAACACGCGAGUAUCGGCGCUGGCAAUCUGUUCGUCUAUCGUUCGCCAGAGCAGCUGAGCGGAGCGACGAGCGCAACGAGUCGAGUGAUCAGACUUGGCCUGUCAGAUGAUGCUCCUACGGACUUGGCAGAGAGAUGCGACACUCCCACUGCAUUGCAGGGCGCAAGCGGAGCGCUCAUCGAUGUUGCUGCUGUACGCCCAAGAACACCAGAGGCGACAUUCGGACGAAACGUGUUGAUCUGUCUUUGUACACAUCAGAUUCUGCUGAUUCGAGGGCUUCUGUAAUACAUGCGUCGGCUCAGAAGUCGUCGUCGUGCGCUG